AUGUCUUCCAGUGCUUUGUCAAAACCUCAGUUGCAUGCACGAUUUCAUAUUGGAGCCAUCAUUGUAUCCCUGGGGGUUGCAGCUUCCUAUAAGUUUGGUGUGGCUGAACCAAGAAAGGAGGCAUAUGCAGAUUUCUACAGAAGUUAUGAUUCCAUGCAAGAUUUUGAGGAGAUGAGGAAGGCUGGUAUCUUUCAGAGUGCAAAGUGAUCUUGCUAUGUAAAGAAUUUCUUUGGGUUGA